AUGCCUCCAUCCCUUCCCCGUCGGCGCAAGAAACUCGACUUGGAAUGCAAUGUCUGCGGAAAACGGUACACAAAACGAGAACAUCUCCAGAGACAUGAACGAAUCCAUAGCGGUGACAAACCCUUCACAUGUCCAGUUUGUGGUCGAUGCUUCGCUCGCCAGGAUGUGCUAAAUCGACAUGCGCGCGUCCAUCGGGGUGAUUUCCAUCCAGGAAUGGGAGCUGGAGACACCCCAGAAGAUGUUGCGAUUUCACCGAUGUCUUUGCAACAACAGCCAGGUGAGGCUUCGUUCGUGAACCAGAGUCAGGAUACCCUGUCACUCGAAGAUUGUUCCUCGCUGCUCUGGCCUGACUCCGAGGGCCUGUUGCAGAAUAUCCUGGCAAUUGACCCUGGCAUCUGGAACCAACCGGCCUCUCUCAUGCCGCAGACCCUCAGCAUUCCUCCAACUCCUUUGCAGGUCACUUCUGAUGGGCGGGGUAUCGCACCAUCAAAUCGCAGUAGCAUCGCAGAAGAUGGGGAGCGAGCGAUCCAGUCCCUAAGCGGGCUCAUCAACGAGACAUUCUCCAACGUGACAGCUCCAUCGGCCUUGGUAGGACUCACUUCGCGGUUUCUGGACAGCAGUCUGCACAUGUUCUUCAGAUUUAUAGUGCCUAUGUUUCCUGUCAUCCAUCAACGAACAUUUGUUUUCCGAGAUUGUCCCCCGCCUCUUUUGCUGAAUGCUAUUGCACUUGGUGCCUUGUUUUUAGGGACAACAGAUGCAAAUUUAAAGGCCGAUGCUCUCUGGCAGCUCGCUCACACUGCCGUCGCAACAUCAUGGCACACAAUGAUUCUGCAAAAAAGGCCAUAUGAUUCAUGCAAUGGAGUCUGCCUUGUCCAAACAAUGCUGCUUAGUCAAAUAUAUGCUGCAUUGUCCAAAAGUCGGACUCUGAGAACCACCAGCCAAGUCUUUCAUGGGUUAGCGCUCUUCUGGGCUAGUCACUGCGGCAUGUACGAAGGACUGGAGCAACCUCCAUUGCCCUCUCCAGACGCGCAUCCUGAAGUAAUCCUGCAGGCUUGGCAUCGUUGGAUCGCUCAGGAGACUAGACUUCGCACUUUGCUUGGGCUUUACAUCGUGGAUGGCGUGGUGUCACAGUUCAGUGGUAACCCGACAUUUGCUCGACACAUGGCCAACCCGCUCACUCUGCCAAGCGACGAGUCGAUAUUUAAUGCGGCCACGGCCGAGGACUGGAUCCAGGCGAGUCUCAACUGCCGGUUAUUACCGUCAAAUAAUUCUCGUUUUUGCGACGUGUUCCACACGCUUUUUUCAAAAGACAACAGGACGACUAUGAGCAUGAGCCCGCAGUCCAGUGUUUCUUUGUUUCAACACAAGAUUGUUCUCGAAGGUAUCCGGUCCCUGGUUGCAGACGCAACUCGAACGAAACCGGCACCAGUAGGGGUACCUUCGAAAAAAGAUAUCGGGAAUGCGGUCCUGAGGCUGCGGGAACAGAUAAUGCAAAACCAACAUUUAUCCCUGCCAGACCAAGCGGUCGCAAUGCUGCAGUGGCACACAAUAUGUCUGGAUCUGGUUGUCAGCACCGCAAGAGGUACCCGCCGAAUGUGUUCUCUUCAUGGGAUCCCACAGCGCAUAUUUGGAGGCGACAGUCGCGAUGAACAGGGUAUAGAUCCACGCCGCUGGGCCCAAAGCAAGAAUGCGCGUAUUGCCUUGCUGCAUGCCUCGCAACUCCAAGAGCUUGCUACACACCUCCCGCUCGGGAUGGCUUAUGAUAUCAAUGUCCCCGGUGCUGUCUUUGCUGCAGCGACCACCUACAGUGCCUUUGCUUUGGCAGGAGCCGGGAAAGUGGUUCUGCCAUCUACAAUAGACUGGGUGGCCGUUGUUAAGGCUGCUACCAUGGAUGAACAAGUAGAUAAUUCAGGACCGCAUACCAUCCCUAACGAGACUCUGUCGUUCGUGAAUGACGGGAUUUCUGCUAGAGGACCGUUGCGCGAUCUUUCGUAUGAGUUGACAUCAAUUCGAAGCUUUUUCAGGUCUCUCUCAUUGCAGUGGAGUGUUGCUGAGGAGAUGGAAGAGGUUGUUGGGGCUUGGAUAGAGCGUAUGAAAUGA